CAAUGGGAUCUUGCAGCCUUUAAAUAGCCCGAACAGUGCGGCGAUUGAACACUUCCAAAGUGGGAAAGAUUGCUGCUUUUGCCCACGCUCCUGUUCUCCCUGGCAGCACAGAGUACAGUGCUCACUUGCAGGCUGCUGGGGUUUUUUUUGUUGUUGUUGGUUUGACAAGACACGAACUUCCUGAGCCAAGAUGCCCCGAGGCUUUCUGGUGAAGAGAACCAAGAGAGCUGCCCCUGUCUCAUACAGGGUACGCAGCGUCGAAGAGGAAUGGGGCGUUCCAGAGGCAGUGCCGUCCCUAUGGGGGCAGGGGAGGGCCUCUCUACAUCCCACCUCCUCCACUGACAUUAGGCCGGGAUACUGUGGAAUGCCAAGCUCCCCCUGCGCCCCGGACCGCAGCCCGAACCGGCCAGUCAGCAGUUGCCCUGGCUCCCCAGGUCGGCCAGGCAACUCCAGCUCGCCUAUCCUGGCGGAAUCCUUCCCCAGCCCCUUGGCUCUGGCUUCAUCGCUGGGGCGAGCGGUCUUCGUGGCUUCGGUGUCAGAUGAGGAGGUGAAGAUGGGCUCCAAUUGUACCAGCAUCCACGCGGUCAAGAGGCAACUGCCUCCGGCCAAAGCCAAGGUGCAGAGCAAGAAGCCCCGGGCGGACAGGAAGCCUUACCGGGACGAGGUGACCACUUCGCCGGUCUUGGGGCUGAGGAUCACCAAAGAGCUGACGGACUAUCAGCAGCACAAGAGCUCAGGCCAGCCCCUGGGUGAGUUCAUCUGCCAGCUGUGUAAGGAGGAAUACGCCGAUGCCCUGUCCCUCGCCCAGCACCGGUGCUCCAGAAUCGUCCGGGUGGAGUAUCGCUGCUCCGAAUGUGACAAGGUGUUCAGCUGUCCGGCCAACCUGGCUUCUCACUGCCGCUGGCACAAGCCCAGGAACCCCAGCGGCCUGCAAGGGCAAGAGGGGGCCAAGGAGAGCAACAAGAGCAAAGCCAGGAGUGAGGAGCAGCCGGCCAGCCCCUCCGGCCGGCCUUGCGAGUCGCCUAGCCUGGAAGAAGAGCUGUUCGACUGCCCGCUCUGCGGUAAGAAGUUCCGCCGCCAAGCCUACCUCAGGAAGCACAUGGCCACUCACCGAGGCUCCAUGCUGCUGUCAGGCGGCCAGGUCUACCUCCAGCGGCCCCAGAGGAAGCCUGAGGUCAGCUCGCACUCAGGACUCGCCUGCUCAGGUCCUGAGGCAUCCUUCUCUUCCUGCCAGGUCCUCAGCAAUGGCAAGUGUCAGCCCUUGGAGAACAGGCAAGUGAUGCUGCUGCAGCUGUCCACGGCGCCGGCGGUGAUGUGAAACGAGAGCGGAAUCGAAACAUAAACUCCGAAACCCCAUCACCCGGUCUUGGUCUUAUUUAUUGUGUGUGUGUGUGAAUGAAGAGUAAAGGAACUUCCAAAAUAACGCGAAUAAAACAGUCUCGAAACCAGGAGAGAGAAGCAAGGGCAAAGUUCACUAGCCUGGUACUUGUAACAGUAAAAAUGGUUUAAAUACAAAGUAUAAAUUAUAUAAGUUAUUUAUAUAUUGCUUUUUUUGUUAAUCUUAUAUGUAUAUAGAAUGCUUUUUUGUACAAGAUCUUCCUAUGACUGUUUAGAAACUUUUUUUGUCCGGUUGGGGUGGGUUAACAAAAGAGUAAUUUUUUGUACAGCUGAAUUUUGUAUUUUUCUCAAUGAUUGAAAGUGACAUUUGCGCCUCAACAGAAACGGAAAGUUUAUAUUCUCUUACGGUUUGCGAAGGGACAGCUAUCACCUGUCACAGCUUUCAAUGUUGUUUAUUCCUGAGGUGUUUCAAAUAAAAUGUCAACACAUCCGUUUGCGUGCGGUCGAUGC